AUGCCCAGGAAUCGAAUCCCACAGCCCUCCGACCUUUUUAAAAAACAUAUAUCAGACACCCCGUCGGUUGUACGACGACCCUUGCUGAAUGAACAGCUGCAGGACGUCAAGAACCCGCUCCAAAAAGCGAAAUGGAUGAAGAUAAUCAGUUAUAAAGUACCACCAUUCCAGGAAGAUCAUUUAGUAUAUCGUCCAAUGACUAAAUGGUCAGGAUACCCUGAAGUGCCCAUGGUUUUACCUGAAAAUGGUUUGGGAUUGGAACGAUGA